GCUCUGCGUUAAUUCAACCGCUCAGCUACGCUGCGCGCUUCCACGCUCCUUCCAUGAUCCAACUCGUCCCCAAGCACCAGAAGCUCGUACGCACAUGCUACCCCAAGGACAAGACGGACAGCGCGGUGCCUGUGAGCUCGCCUCUGGCGUACCUCUGUUACUAUGCUUCGUGUAACUCGAGCAAGCUGCGCAAAGUCCUCGCGUACCUUGAGGUCCGGACGCGUUCUGACGUCGAGAAAAAGAAAAAAUUUGACACGCUCAUUACUCUUCAAAUCCUUAAAGCUCUUAUCGAGAAAUGUAAUGAAAACUUGCCCGUGCUGGCUCACAAUACGUUCACCAUUCUGCUCUCUUGUCUGGAAUUAAAAGACUUGGAGUUGGCUGCCUUGUGCGAAACAUGUUUCUCUCUGUUUCCUACGUACACCAAUUUUUCCGUGUGCCUUGCCGACCAAGAAUGCUGUGACCAGUGGAACGCCGUUGUGGAUGCUUUUCGAGACCUCUCUCUCAUGGACUACAGCGCUGCAAAUGCUGCAACUCCUCUUUCAGAGUCGACACUUGCUUGGCGUCGAAUUGGUCUCAUGGCUCUUAGCUCGAUCAUGCAGUGUCCGUCGUACCCGUCCAACACUCUCGAGGCUCGUCUCGUCGACCUUGUCGUCCACGCCUGCCUCUGCAACUUGUGGAUGGGCGACCAUUUUGUCACCGGUGCGAAGCUGCUGCAGUCGUUUCGUGAACCCGCUGCUCGUGACAUGAUGCCUCAGCUCGUCAAACUCCCCGUGCCCGACGAUGCUCAGGGCCUUAUUCCGCUUGCCGUGUACCCCAUCUACCUGAUUCACGCCAACGUCACCGGUGAUCGUGCUUCGCGCAGCAUUUCACAGCUCUUGCACUUCGCUGCCGACCUUGGCAGCCAUGAAUCUGUGCUCAAGUGGACCGCUGGUCUCGUGGAGAUGUGUCUCAGUUGGAAUCCCAUUCAUAUGCGUGCACUCGUUCCCCGUGCCCUGCUACAGGCUAUUCCUGUGCCACCGUCAAGCUCCUCGGACUCUUUAACGUCCUCCUCGCGACAACAGUUGCGCCAGUCUGCUUCGCCGCUGCCUGACUCCUCGCCUACGGCUGACAAGGAUCAUCCGCACCGCUCUGUGCUGGUGCCGUAUCUCUUGCACACCGUGCUCAGCUCGAGUUACAGUCUUACCGGCCUCAAUGUGCUCGACACACUGCAAAGAUUACUCGACGGCUUGCUACAGAGUGCAGACUACUCAGGGUCGUUUGUCGACUUCUCCCGUCGUCAUCUGCUCAAUGCCGAUCGUUCACUCGCUUGCCGCUACUACCUUUUAGCGAUUGGUGUCCUUUUGCACCACGAGUACUAUGACGAACAGGCAUUGGAUGUGUGCAGUGAACUUUUGCUCCAACUUCAAUCGGCCUUUGGUUCUUUCGUCGCUUAUCACCACAAGGCUGCGUCAGCCAUUUCCCCGCUUGCGUAUGUUGACGGCCGCCUGGCAAACAAACAAGCCUUUCUGCUUUGCGAGGCCCUUGCCGCCUUUUUGGAAAACUCAAAAGAUGCUCACUACGAGCAACGCCGUGCUGUCUGUGAUUCCUGGCUGCAAUGGGCCUCCCUUAUGUCCAGUGCUUUUGGGCCGGACACCCUCUCUGCCCUGCUUGAUUAUGAUGUCGUCUGGCAGGAGUGUAUGAUAUUGCGUGGAAUGUUUGUACAUUGUUUACUUCUUUUUCUCGAUUUAAUUCCGCCCUCGCAGAUCUCAAAUUCACAGGCCCGUCAACUUGUUCAUCGCCUGUACCCAUGCAUUUCCGAAUGGGGCUCGUCCGUCUACUCUAAGGCGGAUGCUGUGUAUUUGAGUAGACUUACGCAUAAACUGCUUGUACUCUUUCCUACUUGUCAUAUAUCUCGUAUGCUGCCCGUCUUGCGAACGUGGGUAGAUGCGUUCGACUUUGUCGACGUGCCCGACCUUCCUUUAGAAGCAGCCUCGACAAAGAGCUUGAGUGUGAAUGCCACCGAUAAAAGCUCAAGGGCGUCAGCGAUGCCGCCGUCGUUGCAUGCGGCUGUCAUUACGGUAGUCGCAAUGAACCAUUUGUAUGAAAUCGGUUCUUUUGCCAACACCGAUAUUCUUGCAACGCUCUCUACCGAAUGUGCCUCCUACGUUUCAGAGCUUGACGGAACGUUCGAAUCUGCGGGCUACUUUGAACGUGCUACGGUGCCCAGAGAGCUUUACGCCUCCCUUCUCGACCAUCAGGGUUCGCUGUUGCUACCAUGGGAUGCUGUCCUCGCUGAUCUCCAAAAUAGUGAGCUUAACUUCACUGCGUCUGAACGAAAACUGUUAUCGCUCGACACUCCUGAAUCCGACAGCUACAUCGAUUCGCCCAAGUUGCUCACUGAGGGUUCUCGCGAUCCCUUGGAUACCUCGGACUUGCUCACCCUUAACGGAGGUCAGAACAGUUUGUUUCACUUCUCCAAUAAUGCCUCUUCUGUUCUUCUUCCAGCGACUAAUUCCCAGCACGUUUCCUCUCGUUUCUCUGGCGCCAACACUACAAAGCUUCCUAGCUUCUUAACCAACAGAUCCGUAAACCGUUUCACAUACGCUCGUUCCUCAAUUUCCGUCAACAAUGGUCUCUCGACUGCUGCAGACCUUUCACAACUUCUUCACUCAGUUCCUGGGACUGUUGCUGCACCGGCAGCCAAGGUGCGUCACCAGUCACUUUCGCGACCCGGAACACUGUCCUCUCGUGCUGACUCCUCUUCUAUACCCGGAUCUGCGUCGAUUGGCGGCUCGUUCCAUUCUUCCAAACCCAUAACGCACGAUGACCAUCUUCAAACACUUGUGCACUUGCUUGGCUCUGUUUCACUUAAUAUCACGAGGGCCGCUUACGCUCCUCCACCCUAUGAUACCCGUUCGCCACUUUACUCUUAAAAACACUAGCUACCGUCUUUUUAAUUUAUUCCAUCCU